AUGUGCUGGAGACCGCCACAAAUGGCCACCCUGCUGCUAGUGCUGGCGAUCGCCUGGAUUCUGUCGCUGCUGGCCGUGCAAUCAGAUGCUCGGUUUCUAGAGAUCGGCAAACGGCCACCCGGAACGGGCGUGGGGAUCGUGGCGAGUGACGAGACGGAUCCCGGAUUCCUGCAUCUCGACCCUGCCCUGUCGUCCGAUUCGGUCGAAAGAGCGAGUGAGAUGAUUUCGGUGAAACUGUUUAAUCAGUACCACGCGAGAUCGUUCGAUCAUGCCGCCACCGACCAGCGGCUGGAUGACACUGAACCGUUGCUCGUCGACCAUCGGCCGGCCGUGGAUUAUGAAACCGUGAACCAGCUAGAUGCGGACGAUGGUGGGGCCCGCCAAGGUCCAGCUUACUCCGUGGACCCCGGUGACACCGAUGCGAUGGAUAUGAAGGAGAAUGUUAUCGAUAACGAUUAUUCGGCCUCCAUCGCUCCGAUCGCCGAACAGCUGGACGAUUGGAGCGAACCGGCCACUGAACCGGCUGAGCAGACGGUUACCGAUCCGUAUAGACCGACGGUGGCGACGGAGGCGACGGCGGCGGCGACGGCAACUAUGACGACCCUCACCACAACGACUACCAGCACGAUCACGACGGUGCGUAAGAUUCGUCGGAAGAUCCGCCGAAAGCUGUCGGUGGUCAGUCCGAGCACCACGACCCCGGCAGCGACCACCUCUACGUCGACAGCGAAAUCGACCACCGCGCGGCGUACGGUCCGAUCGACGGAACCGCCGCUGACCACGACGAUGGCCGCACGAGAAUCGCAGCUUCCCAAACUGGACAUAACCAAGCUGAACCUUCAGCACCUGGAAGAUGAGUUUCUGUCCUACCCAUCGCUCGCCGGCACGGUGUCCCGGGUGCGUCCGCGCAGCAUCAAGGCUGCCCCGGAAAUGGACAAUAGUCCUCCGCCGCCGUCGUGUGGUUGCCAGCAUAGGAAGCGAGCGGCCCCACGGCACAGCUACUCGUACGAGGACGAUGGCGAUGGCGAGCAGGACUACGGCGAUUACGAUUACGUUAAUGAUUUGCGAAGUCGAACGCCGAAGGGGGGCGCGGUGCUGUUCCCGGUCAUGUCGCGUCUGCUGGCCCCGGUCGCGCCGGACGAACACGUGGAGAGCAGCGUCGAGCGGGCCGAGAAGGUACACGGCGCGCUGGAGCGCCUGAUGGGAAUCGUGACGAUCUUUUCCCACGUCGACGAGUUCAUACAAAAGAAAACGAAACAAUCGAUAAGACGGUUGGCGCGGCUGUACGAAAGUGAGGAGCUCUACUAGUUGCCCGCGAU